AUGUCAGACAAAGAAGCGUUAAAAAUAUUCUCAAGACAGCCAGUGUCACAAGAUAUGAUCAACUUUCUAGUUGCAACCACCAAUUCCAUAAUACAAGUCAAACCACUGAAGAGAAACCAGCAUCGCAGAAAACUAUCAUCGGCCUCAUCUUCUAUCAUAGCACCUUACAACCAAACUAUUUCUUUAACCAAUUUUAUUAGAAAUUUAAUAAAUUAUUCCAACGUGCAAACCCCCACAUUGAUGGCCACAAUCGUAUACCUUAACAAACUACGCAAUUUAUUACCUGCUAAUGCCGUAGGGAUGGAAACCACUAGACACCGUAUAUUUUUAAGUGCUUUGAUAGUUGCUGCGAAAUCAUUAAACGAUAGUUCACCAUUAAACAAACAUUGGACAAAAUACACUGAUGGGUUAUUAACUCUUGAUGAAGUUAAUUUAGCUGAACGUGAAUUGUUAAAUAUUUUAGAUUGGAAAACCAACAUUACCAAAGAAGAAUUAAUCAUUAGUCUAUACCCGUUCUUGCAGCCCAUUAUAAGGCAACAUGAAGAAUACGUUCAACACCAACAAUACCAAAUAAGGAUGAUGCAAAAAUCUAAGGCAGUUGGUUCUUCAAACUCGAUUGAAUCGAAAUUGUCAUUACAUUCUUCUAGUUCUUCAGAAUCAUUAUAUUCGGACAACUUGAGUGAAAGCUCUUACAAUAGUAUACCCAUAAAAAAGAAACGCUCCAUGAUGAGUAUAGUAGAUUCUACAAUGAUGUAUAGAAACUAA